ACCGUGAACGAGAUGCGCCGUCACCUCCAACUCUAUGAUGUGUGAGUGGGCAUGGUACGCUCCUUCGCCAGGUGCGGCCGCGAGUCUUUAGCCGGGCGGCCGUGCUGAGACACGCUGCUCCUGCCCCCGACUCGACCCGCACCACACCAUGUCCGCCGUUAUUAUAGUCACUUCGCACCAUUGUACCCUAUCAUCCACCGGCCCAGCCUGCCGUACAGGCGUCUCCCUCCCGAACUUCUUCUUGCCAUGCUGUGCAUCGGGACAGCAUUCAACGAGGACAAGGAGGGCUUCCGCAUUGCGAUGCGAAUCCACAAGCGGUUGCGCAAUCGCAUUUUCGAGCAAGUUGAGGAUCAGCCUCAGGUCCCGCUUCACGCUCUCCAGACCAUCCUCCUCGUCAACUAUUUUAGCCGCGCAUACUGCGGGAUCAAGGAGCACCACGUUGCGCAGGUCUUCCACUCUCCGAGUAUCAUCAUGGCGCGCCUCGCCGGCGUCUUCCAACCCGCUCAGCCGCCACACCACCGCGCGCAUAACCCGCUCGAUCACUGGCUAGAGUGGGUUGCCUUCGAGGAGCGCAAGCGUGUCGGCUGGUUCGCGUUCAUGUUGGAUACGUCGAACGCCACUCUCUUCCGGCAUCACCACAUCGUGAACUGCUUGAGUGUGCAGCUCGACUGGCCCGCCUGCGACGCGGUAUGGAACGCCUGUGAACCCUACGAGUGGAACCGGCAUCAGCGUGCCGCCCCGCGCCUCCCACCCUUCCGCAACGCGCUCAAGGAUGUGAUCACGCGUAGCGCUAUGCCGCCCCUGUCCGAGUUCUCCCUCUGGAUCCUCCUGCACGGCCUCCUCAGCAUCUCGUCGACCGUACUGUCUCGCGACCUGGGCGACCUCUCGAUGUUCCCCGAGGCGCGCGUCGCCCACUGGAAAGACCGGCUCCGCGCCUCUUUUAGCGCGGUCAGCCACCGCCUUUCGAGCCACCUGGAUCGGCGGCGCGCGGCCCACGAGCCCCCUCUCGACCUCCACGUUUACUGGACGGGCAUGCCGCUAGCGCAGCUCGGCAAGAUCCUCGUGGCGACGGACACGGAAGCGCUGCGGGUUUUUGCCGGCGAGCGUGCGCUCGCUGGGUGCCACGUCGUGCCAGCCGAGUGGGCCACCGCCUCGUCGUACACCCACUCCUGGGCGCGCAGCAUGGACGGCGCGCACGCCUUCCAUGCCGCCGCGCGGCUCCUCGAGGGCGUCUUCACGUGGGCGCACGAGCGCGGCAACCCGCCCGUCGCAAGCAUCACCCCGUUCUGCGCAUACAUUGCCGCACUCGUCGUCUGGGCGUAUGCGGCGGUGCACGAAGGCCCGCACCAAGGCGCCGAGGUGUUCAUGGUGCCGCUGCAGACGGGGGAGGUCAAGAUCGAGUCGACGCUCGCGCGCCGCGAUGCGCUCGAGUACCUCGCGCGAGUGGGGCACGUGCGGCCCGCCGACUUGCCUGCGACGCCGGGCAAGAACCGCUGUGCGGGGCUCAUCGCGUACGCGGCAGUCUUGUGUGGCACGCUGGGCGCCGCUGCCAUGGACGAAAACCGCGACGUGCUCAUGCACCUGCUGCUCCCGAUGUAGGAAGAAUAAAAGAUGUGCGCGGCGCCGAGCCGGCAUAGUCAGAAGUAUACACGUAUGUCUUAGAAAGCAUAGCAGUCGUUGUAAUAGACCAGCACUGCUGGCAUGUAAUGCCUUACUCAAGCUGGAAGUUGGUGGAGAGGAACGCGAACUCGAUGGCUAGACGGGCCGGCCGGGGUUGUCA